AAACAGGUCCGUAAAUCCAUCGCACCCCGUCUUUUCUCCUUCAUAGGGCUCCCCGCCCGUCAAGUUAGUGUGAAGUUGUGAAAAGUUGUCAAGUCGCAGCAGAGAAACUCCUCCCGUCUUCACAUUAUGAGCAAUCAGCAGCAGGGUGACAUGGCCGCUGUGGAGAGCGGCGGAGGCUUCAGUCAAAAGCGAAACACAAACUCACAAGACUCACAGCAGCCAUCUCCUCUUGCCUUGUUGGCAGCCACAUGCAGUCGAAUUGACACCCCAGGAGAGAACGAUUCACCUUCAGACCAACAAAACCAGCAGCAACAGCUGGACAUAAACCAGGGUGUUUUCACAACCAGUGCCAACGGCUGGCAGGUUAUCCCUCUGAGUAUUCAAACAUCCUCGGGCACUAACACCAUCACCACUGACUCCUCAGGAGUGAUGACAGUAGGAGACGGAGGCAAGGGCAGACAAGUGCUGUCACCAUCCGUCGCUGUCAGCACUCAGGGUCAGCAGCAGCAGCCGCAGCAAUACGUGGUAGCUCAGGCUCCGUCGAUGCAGGGUCAACAGGUUCUUACAACCUUAUCAGGCAUGAUGCCCAACAUUCAGUACCAGGUUAUUCCACAGUUUCAGACAGUGGAUGGCCAGACGCUGCAGUUGGCACAUGCUCAGCAGGAAGCUACUGUAUCUGGUGCUGCACCAGGACAGCAGUUUCAGAUCGUGUCCUCUCCAAAUGGCCAGCAGAUCAUAGCUGCGACCAACAGAGCUGGUGCUGCGGGAAACAUCAUAACAAUGCCCGGUCUCCUUCAGGGAGCCAUCCCCAUUCAAAAUAUAAGCCUAGGCAAUGGCGUGUUACAAAAUCAGCCCCAGUUCCUUGCAAAUAUGCCCGUGUCACUAAAUGGAAACAUCACUCUGUUGCCUGUCAGUACUGGAGCAAGUGGUACAGGAGAUGCAAAUAGUGGAGGGGACACGGGGGGAAACCAACUCAUACAGCAAUCGCAACAUCCAGUGUCUUCCAACAGCGGUUACAUGACGAGCGCGUCCACCAUCACCACCCAGGCAUCCACGUCUUAUGGAAUGACCCAAACGCAGAACACCAACGGAGUGAUGACCGGCACAUUCCAGCAUAAUGCAGCAACUUCUCUGGGUGUCCCGAUACAGCCAGACAACAGAGACGGGCAGCAGCCACAGCAGAUUCUCAUCCAGCCUCAGCAGGUUAUCCAAGGUGGAACGCCCCUCCAGACCAUUCAGGCUGGCACUGUAGCGACCGCUGGUGGUCAGGUAUUUGCAGCUCCAACACUCAGUCAGGAAGGGCUUCAAAAUCUUCAAAUUAUGCCAAACGCAGGCCCCAUCCUCCUGCGCACCGUAGCCCCCAACGGCCAGGUGAGCUGGCAGACGAUUCAGAUCCAGAGUCCGGCCGGACCGCAGAUCACGCUGGCCCCGAUGCAGUCUCUCCCCCAACUUGGCCAGGCUCAGGGAGCUGCUGCAGCUGGAGGAGUGUCUGUCAACACCGUGCAGAUCCCAGGCAUUCAAACCAUAAAUCUCAACACACUCGGAGGCUCCGGCCUGCAGAUGCACCAGCUGCAGACUGUUCCCAUCACCAUCGCCAGCACAGCAGGAGAGCAGGCUUUACAGGCAGGUGGAGAGAGUCUGGAUGACAGCACAGCGAUGGAUGACGAGGAUAUAAGCCCACCAACUCAAGGACGACGUAACCGCAGGGAGGCCUGCACCUGCCCCUUCUGCAAGGACGGAGAAGGACGUGACCCAACUAAAAAGAAGCAGCACAUAUGUCACAUCUCUGGCUGUGGGAAGAUCUACGGCAAGACAUCCCACCUGCGAGCUCACCUCCGUUGGCACACAGGAGAGCGACCCUUCGUCUGCAGCUGGUCUUUCUGUGGCAAAAGAUUCACCCGUUCAGACGAGCUUCAGCGCCAUAAGAGGACGCACACAGGGGAGAAAAGGUUUGUUUGCUCAGAGUGUCCCAAGCGGUUCAUGCGCAGCGAUCACCUCUCCAAGCACAUCAAAACCCACUUGAACAAGAAAACGGCAUCCACCUCCACCGGCAGCAACACAGGCUCGACCGACGCCGCUUCUCCUCCAGCAGGAGUAAAAGUCGAAGCGGGAGCAAUGUCAAGCAAUGACCAGCACACCAUCGUCACCAUGGAAACCUUAUCUGCAGAGAGCAUAGCUCGAUUAGCCAGCAGCGGGAUCAACAUGAUGCAGGUGGACCUUCACCAAAUUAACGGCAACAACUACUAAAGACGGUGGAGGAGCAGGAAGACGGCCUUGAUGGAUGUUUGCAUUCGGACAUUUGGGUUUAAAAAGGGCACGUCCGACUGCAGACGCACGACCUCUCGAAGGUUUCAGACAGAAGAUGCGGUCACAGAUGCAACACAGACACUAUUAAUUUUUUGAAAACUGAGGCAGGGUUAUGGAUUUCCAUCUUGUGUUUAGAUACCUGUGGCAUUAAAGAGUCAGAGUUGGAUUGAAAUGUUAGACUAUGUUAGGAAUCAUCAUGAAAUUGUAUUUCCUCUGGAAAUGGCACUACACUAACAUUUGUCCCACACAAAGACCUAAUCUUACUCAGUAGUGAGACUGCAAUAAAACACACAGGCCGGCACGCUUGAUGAUGGUUUGAUGGCAAGUGAUAUUCUCUCUACAGGCUUCCUUAGUAAGGAGAUGACACUAAGUCAGACUCUCGUCCUUGUUUUCAAGCGUCACUACUUGUCCCUCUUCACCUCAGGUGUCUCCCCCGCCCUCUCAAACUGGGCUGCUGUAUCAGACGUGCCCCUCAGGCUCAGCACACAAUGCUAAAUUUACCCCUUAAACUUAAAUUCUAACAAUCUAGAGGAAAUAUUUGAGAACAUGUUCACAAAUUAACAAUCCCACCAUCAUGGGAAUAUGUCAAGCGUUUUAAGGCGGAACGUUUAGAGGAGGGCUGGAUUACUUCAGGUCAAGACCAGGUGAGAGCCAGAAGCACUAAUCAGUGUGAGGAUGGAGGUGUGUCAGGGCACUGAAAUCCUGAGAACUCUUUAACCUCUUAUGUAGGUACACACAUUCAAGCCAUCAUGCUUUGAUAUGUUUAUCAUAGCAAAAACAUUUUGAUUUUUUUUUUUAUGUACAUAUAUAUAUUUUUGGUAAUGUAAAGGCUGCAGAAAUUCUUAGCUUAGGCAGGAUCAUCUUACACAUUUGCAAGAGAUUGCCUUCAGUUGUAUGAACCUCUCAUGCACAAUCAAUCUUAAUCUUAUGUUAUUACUUUUUUUUAUAUAUAUAUAUAUAUAGACUAAAUAUGUAAACUUAUGAGCCUUUCUGUCAUAGAAUAAUGUAUUCUAUACAGUCCAGAUCUUCCCAGUAUGUUUUUUUUUCCUGUGGUAACCUUCAGCUUCUGUUUCAUUUUAUAUAUAAAAAAAAACAGUUUAGUCACAUCUGGUCAGAUUUAAGUCUUUUGCAAUGUCCAGACAGCAUAAAUAUCUAAGCGCAAAACCAAAGGUUCAUGCUCAUUUUAUAAGCAAAACUAGGAAAUCUCUGCUUGGUCCAUGAACUUUCUAAUAAUUUUUACUCUUGUAUUGCUUAUGUUAAAGUUCUAACUGGAAAAGGUCCAGCUUGAGGCAAACCUCGGACACACAACACUUUGUUGUCCAAAUAAAUAAGUUGCAAAAUAUAUUAUGGGUCAUUUAAGUUUUUCUGAAAAUAUGCUUUUCACCUCUGUUGAAAUUGUCUUUGCUUUACAAUUCUGCUUUGAGAAUGAUAAUUGUAACGUGUAAAAUGUAUGUGUAAAAGCUCUCUUUUGAAACUCUAUAUACUAAGUUCCACGGACAACAACAAGUGCUCUUAUUUUUUUGCCCCCCGAUUAAAAUAAGGGAUUUUAUAUUGUGUGUAUACAACUACUGCAAAUGCCAACAGCUGGAUUAAAAUUAUAAAUAUA